AUGCAGCGUAUUGAUCGGGAGCUCUCAUCAGAGCUCGUAGAAUCCCCGAUCAAUCCUGCUUUCAUAAAUAUCUCUGCACCAUUUAUGGGUAAGAAAAACCCAUCAUUUUCUCUUCAACUCAAAGGCGAGGGCCUCUGGCAAUGGAGGAAGCUUCAUAGCCACAACCAAGUUUUCGAUAGCCUACAGGCCAGCUUGGUUAAAGUCGGCUACGAAUUAUCGUCGUCUGCUCGCUCUCGAGUUGGGAUGGCCGUCUACAGAAGAGUAGACUACAUCGUGAAAAAGGCACGUAGCGUCAAAAACAAUACAACUCGCCGAGCAGAGCGUUCUCAGUACUGGUGUCAAGUUGCUCUUCACCCAGACGAGAUCACCCAAAUGCCUGGAGACAUUAUCCAUCAGCUGGAAAGGGAAAAUGAAGAGCUGAUU